AUGUCGCUCGUUGAUUUCCACGCGUCUUGCCGCCGGGCCCAGGAUUACCCCGCCAACCUGAUAGAUGCUGGCCCCUUUUACCCAUCUGUCCAACAAGAAUACAGACAAGCGUUGGCUAGAAGAGCCCCCAAGCUGUUCUGUCCCGAGAACAGAGCUGCUGUUGAGCUCUUCUACUACGACGACUCGCGCGGGACCUUCGAAAGCAAGACGUCACGUUCUGUCGACCUGCUGAGACAGCAACUCACUGCCUCUGCCGGCCAUGUCCAGAAAGACAAACAAUGUCUGUUUGUCUUCGUUGGCGCUCGCAACUCCCGUGAUGUACUGUACAUCAGUCAAGACAUGAUGACCUGGAUCCUUUCGGUCUUUCAAGUGCUUCCCAUCUUCCUGGAGUUUUUAUUCGCAUUUGGCCAACAGCUGUACGCGGUGGACUCGCAGUUCAGUGGCUUCAGAGAGGACAGGCGGCUCGAGCCAGGCCUCCAACGAAACCCGAUCCCAGAGCUCGACCGUUCCGGGCAAGACUUUCAGAUCUGCUACAAUCUGAAAUCGUUCGAGCGCAAAGACGAACUGCAGUGGCCCUGGUCGAAUCGACAGGUUGUGGUCUUCCAUUCAUUUGACGUCCAGAACGGACAUGCAACAUGGAUCGUUGUCAAGGCAAAUGACAUUAUACGCGGCCGGCUCAAAGAAGUGUCGGCAACUCUGCUGUCCAAAUCCCCUGACACGUAUUCCAGCAUCGCAAAGAAGUUCACCAACUCCCUUGCUUGUCACUUGGUGAUUGUCGAAUGGUGUGGAGAAAACUGGAGGUGGUGUAUGAACGACAUCGAAGAACAACUACACACACUCAAACGUCGUGCUUUGGUGGACAAGGUCGCGCCUGUAGCCACUUUCGCAGGCCCUACAGAAACGAUCCUAGCAGGCAAUCAGGGUAAUACUUUGGCUCCAAGGCGUACCUGGACUUUGCGCGCCGCUCGCACUCGUACUAAUACUACCAACUCCCAAAUGGCGCCAGAUACAAACUCUCCCCCGCCUCUGCAGCUCCUACCGCCUAGCAUUGCCAUCAAUGUGCCAGAUGAGCCGCAGGACCCUCCAAAUCUGCCUCCCGAGUACGACCCCAAGAAUCAGCACUUGAAAGGGGACGAAGACCAGAACGUGUAUAGGAUCGAGGAACUUCAAGAGGCGCAGGCUCUGGAAAACAUCGUCAAUGAUGCUGGCUUGGUGCUCAAGAGCGACAUUGCCGUCCUCUCUCGGAUUGAGGAUUUCUACCACCGCCUUGCGACAUCUUCCGAUCUGGAACAUCUGGACCCUACCCUCCGCAGGAGCAUGCAGGCAUCUGUGGCUCAGUUCUCGCAGCGUGUCCAGUCUCUGCGGAAUGACCUAGGCAUGCACCUCAACAGAAUUGAAACCAUUUCGAAGCUGAUUGCCGAGUGCAAAACCCUCCUAUACGGGAUCGUCGAAUACCAAAGCAUGCAGGCCAACAAAGCCUUUGCCUUGGAGGCACGCGCUUCGGCGAAACGGAUGGAGGAGUUGACAGAACAAAUGAAGCAUCUGACGCUCAAAACAACAUUCGAAACUGUAUUGAUGAGGAUCAUUACUGUAGUAACAGUGUUUUUUCUGCCCGCAACCUUUGUUUCGACUCUCAUGUCGACUGACAUUGUCCGCUUCAGUCCGCAAGACUCCAAGAUCACAUCGGGCAGCACUUCUCUGGGAGCAGUCAAGCUCUUUCUCUGUCUGACUCUCUCAUUGAUGGCCGCGACAUUCGGUUCUGGGUUUGCGCUCUACUGGGGAGCCCUCCGCUACGGCGGAUAA